GAAAAAAAAUCUCGGCAAGUAUCGUACCGUAGCGUACGGUACCCGUAGUGCACCGCACCGCGGCAUGAGCGUGGCACCCGUAGAUCGCGUGCAAACGGGAUCAUUUUCAUCGAAAUUCUUUUUCGUGAGCGUUGCGGAAAACGAAAGCAGAUGGCUCGUCGGACACAAACGGAAUCGGGCGUCCCGGUAUCGUACGGCCUUUUCCGAUACAGAGGUGGAUUUCGAUUCGGUGAGUCACCGCACCGAUUCUCGCCAACAAAUGCUGCAGCAGAUCCAUGGCAGUCUGGAAGAGAACGAGGCCCGGCAACAGCAGCAACAGAUUCAGAUUCAGUUUCAGUUUCAGUUUCAGAUUCAGUUUCAGUUUCGACGCAGCACUCUCGAUGGUUUGAAAAUGGGAUCCGAUGCACGGAACGGCUACGGCAAACCAACCGGGGACCGGAAGGCGCGUUGGGGGUUCCUUUUGCGGCUCCUGGUGUCCCUCGUGGCCGCCCUCGCCCUGUCCGGUGCGACCGCCGCCGCCUUUUGCGGGAACGGCCUCCCGGACGCCGGGAGGCGGCGGACGCCCCCUCUCCCCCGGAGCACACCUUAUCCUUCACCUUGCCGGGCGGAUCCGGCCCUGGGCCUCUUUCGGCCGGACUGGAUGAGGCGGCACGGGCGGAUCUCUGAGAAGCGAAAGGAAUACAGAGAGGUCCACGAGGCCCUCCGGAAGCGGAGGGAAGAACUGGGCAUCGCCCUGCUGGAGGAAGGAGGGCCGUCGUCUCCCGGGAGGGACAAGAUCGCCCGCGGCGGUGGUGGCCCGUUUCCGAAGCGGUACCGGGUGGUCUCUUGGUUCCGGAACGGUUCCAGCGACCGCGCCGACUGCGGCGGCAGCAGCAGCAGCAGUGGCAACAACAGCAGCAUCGACGAAACCACGGGCGAAAACCGUGCCGAGAACGACCCGCUCAAGAUCUACCUGAUGGUCCCCGAGAACGAGGUCGAGGCGACGGACGAGUCCAACGUCCUGGACUACCUGGAGCACGGCGAGGUCAUCACGGCGGUCGGGGAGCGGAGGGUGGCCCCCAGCGAUCCGGUCCGGCCCGAGGUGCUCGCGGCGUCGAUCAUCUACAACGCCGGAGAUCCCUCCUCGGUGCUGCGGAAGCACGGAGAGGUCCUGUGGAUCGAGCACGACAAGGGCGGCUGGUCCCCCUGCGCCAUCGAUGGGGUGACGCGGCUCGUGCCCAUCGACGACGACGGGGGCGGCGGCGGGGACCCGGGCUGAAGAACGGGCUACAGAAAAAGA